CCACCCGUGUGCCUUAUUGUCCUUUUGUAAAGGACACUCUGUAUACCCAAAGUCUCUUUCAAGGUACAAUCUGUGGUAUACCACAUGAGAUAAAUCCUGACAUUGCAACAGCUUUGAAAAGCCCGGCGCAGGCUUCUUGUCUCAUAAUGGAUGCGUAGCUUCAAAUCUCAUUUCAGAGAAGAUCCUUUUACUGAUUAGACAAGAAGUCAAAACUCAGAACGAAAACCAAAAGGCAGGCUCCACUGAUAAGGUGGCUCUUCAAAAAACACUGAAUCGUCUCAGAAAGCCUAAGAAGCCAGGCUCAACCAUUAUCCAAAUAUUCAGGACGCAAGGUUUCUGAAUGGAAAGCUUGGGUGAAAUCCCACUAUACUGACAAUUUAGACAAGAAAUAAACCUUUAAAGAACAUAAAUGCGUGAGGUGUUAUCAUUGCUAAUCCAUUACUGAAGGCUCCGAUGACUGAACAUAGGCACCAGACAAUCAAGUAAUCAGACAAAAAUUCAAUGCAGACGCGUUAAGUGCAUUUGCAUUUUACGUAUUUGCAUUGCCAUAAGGCUCCACUGUUAACAAGCAGCAUUAGAAGUCAGAAAGUGCGCUCAAGCGCUUUCAACCUCCCCGAACAUGAGGUUUUUGGUCUCUGAUUGGAAGUAUGAGUAACUUAUAGAGUCACUAGACAAAAAAAACCCCAUGCAUUUAGUGCUAUCAUUUGCAUACACGAAGGCUCCACCGAUAGAAGUGAUCGUUAAACGCGCUCUGCUAGCGACAGAAUAACAAUUUUAGAGACAUCAAAUGUCAAAUUCCAUAUGAUAAUUGGCGCCGAGCCUUUUCGCCAGAUUUAAGAAGUUUCAAUAUUUUCAUAUCACGAUAUUGAUGCGUUUCUGUUCAAAAUGCACUCCUGACAAUAAUCGUUUACAGACGAGAAGACAAGAGAAAGCCAAAAUUAUGUUCGCGAAGUACGUUCCGUGUAAACAAAUCAUGCGAUAAAUCAAGCAGCUUUGUAAACUACUUUACAGAUCACGUGAAGUAAACAAGUACGUUUUCCUUCAGCGCUUUGACUUCAACGGAGGAAACGUUUCACGUAUACUUAAAAAUCCGGUGAUUCAGUGGUAAGAUCAAGUUAAUAAAUCACCCUCUCCAUCGACCGCUUACGAAUUAUUAGCCCAGGUCUUUAACCACUAAGUUAACUCAUCAACCCAAAAGUUAAGUAAAGUCGAAUUCGUGAGGCCGGUCCGUUCCGAUAUCGCGACUGUGUUAUGGUUUUUGUUGCUCGGAAGAAGGUCAUUCCGUGGCUUUGGUUCCCGGGAAGCGUGUACUUUGAAGUCGCAGUGGAUAAGUGUCUGCAAAAUGCAUAAAUGUAAGUUUCCCUCAGCUGCCUGUCUGUAUCAUUCAGCUGGAUCUUGUUGGUGAAACGCAGUGAGAGACUGCAGUGCUACUCUGGCGGUGUUGCCAAGCGACGAGCUCAACGGCGGCUUUGCUAAUGGAUGCAUUAGUAUUUAAUUAUUGCAUUCAUGCUAAUAAUCGAACGAGCUACGAGCAGGCCUAUAAGCGCGGAGGAUGAAAACACCUUUCCCUUUCCGCUACAUCUUGCUUUUCCAUUAUCUUCAUCUAUCUUUCUUUAUCUUAUUCUACUCGGGCCUGCUCGCAUAUCCAUUCCCUUGCGCUCUUUGUGGUUCAAUUAGGAUCUUUUUCACGCACGAUGUCCUUUAAUCCCACGCGCUCUUUCAUCGCAUCCGCGUCUCUUUAACAAGCGGCACAGUAUAUACCAAAAGCGGACAGCUGUACGUAAACCAAUAGCACUGUGCAAUGUAGCAAGAGCUGAUUUCUCUUGCCUAGUUUUAUAUUUUACACAUCCUAACAUUUACACAAACCCCUUGUCUCAUGUGUAACGCAUCUGAGAUCGAAGGUGAGGCGCUCCGAGUAUCUAAAAAGGCCACUGAGCGAGAAAAUGUGAUAAUACCGAGCCUUGGAGAAUAUCCUCGGGUGACAUUCACUCCUACGCGACUGCGGUAGUGUGGUCGAGCACGCGCUGUUCCCUGCUAAGCACACUUAAAAACGUACACACGCAUACCUAAACACACUCAAGAGCUCGCAGAUGCAGGCAGAGCCUCCGUGUUUGGUCUGAGAGUGCUCAUUAACUCCAGCACGGCUGUAAUAUGGGAACAUAUAAACCCAAGCAGGGCUACAUGCUCAUUACGGCUCAAAGAAGCAUAUAAGUUAUAACAAAGCACUUCGCGCAGAGGUCAGUAGAAACACUAGAUGGACUUGAGUCAUAACUAAAGCGCUAUUACUAGUCAGAAGCGAACGACAAGGGAUCCAGUUAUGUUUUAAUAGGCCUAUAUGGGUAGUUGGCGAAUAAAAACACGGCCGCUUGUGUAUUAUUAUGUGCAACACAGCAAAAAUGUUGGGGGAAAAAAAAGAGAGAGAGAAAUGUAUCUCCGUACUUCGAGUUACAAACAGCAUGAGUGAAGUUUAUCUUCAAUGUUAGAGGUCAUGUUAUUACUUUACAUUGCUGUCACACAGGACACAUUGAGACGCCAACUGCCCCCUUUUGGGGAAAAGAAAUUAUGUUAAUCGAUAAAAAUAUAAUAUAUAUUUUUUUAUGAUAUUUGUAUGUUUGUAAGUUUAAUAACAGCACGCGUUAUGCUGUUCUGUAUCUUCCCAUGUUUGUUUAGUUAUUUUUUUCCCAGACGUAGCGUGUGCCGCGAGCGCUUGGAAACACGUGACGUAACGCAAUUUAAGGUAAUUCCACGUCCGCGAGACGCUCGCGCUCUGACGCAAUUGCCCUUUUAAGGAGACAUUCGUCAUUCAAACGCUUACAAUACUAGGCCAGCGAACGCCUGUUGCUGCACUGAUUGAAAAGUGCACGGGCAGGAACUGGAAUAUCAACACCUCGGCCAGAACAAAUCCAUGGCAAAGCGCCGUUCAGUUCGGAGAUAUUUGGAAUGAACGCCAAUGAAAGAAACUGCAUCUCCGGAGGCGACAUCAGGUGAGGAACUACGAUUCGGGUCGAGAUGCAGAUUUCCAGAAGCCCUUUUAUCGCCACUGUCAAUGCAGUCACAUCCAGACAGGAUCUGCGCUGGAUAAUCGAGCCAGUGAUGCCCAGUGAGGCUCUGGAGCAGACCAGUGAAGCCACUCCAGCUCACAGAGCAAGCUUUAAAAGAAAUACGCAGCUCACUGCUGAUGAAGAGGAGAAGAUAAGACGGAGAAGAGAGCGCAACAAAAUGGCUGCCGCCAAAUGCCGCAACCGCAAACGAGAACUCAUUGACCUUCUUCAGGAGGAGACCGAGCGCCUGCACAUGGAGCAGGUUGCGCUGCAGAGGCAGGUGAGCUGCCUGCAACAGGAGAAAGCGCAGCUGAAAAUGCUCCUGGCGUCCCACGCCUCCGUCUGCACACUGGCGCGGGACAGACCGCAUUCCCUGGACACUUUUACGGCAGGAGAGCCCCCGCCAGCCAAACUUUCUAUGACAAUAAAACAGGAACCUCUGGAUGACGUGAGCGGCUCUGGACAUUUGGUGCUCCAGCAGACGGAGAACGUCUCUCAGCUACACUCAACACAAUGAAGACCACGACCAGCGCUCUUUGUAAAUACCACUACCAGACGUCCUGUGUUCAGCAUCGACUGUGAACGUCAGAAACCCACUGCAAACGAGAGAGAAGUCAUUUCUGGUGCUCUGUCAUUAUAUGUUUCGUAGCUGUUCUCAUGUAGUGAGCAUGUCUGUUAUAACCGCCUUCGAAGACGGCAAUGAUAUUUUUUAACGAUGGGCGUAAAUGGUAUUUUUGAUUGUGGUGCGUCUAAUUGUAAAUGCACUGGCCUUAUAUGUUUAACGAAUACAUUUUAAAAAGGGCUCAACAAUAAAAAAUAGAAAGGCCUGAACAUGUUGAACAUUUUUGCGAAUUGUUAAAUUAUUUAAAUGAAGUCUGAAAGUGAUCAAUCAAAUCUAUAGUUUAAUCCCACAUCGUAUUAUUUUCUUGCUAAAGUGCGUUUAUGAAUUCGUAACUGUCGUUACAGCUUUAAUAAAACUGAAAUGUGCAGAAAAGAAUUACAAUGUGUUUAAACUUGUUUAACAAUUAAGUAAACGAUUUAUUUACUUAUUUAUUUAUCUAUUAUUUUAUUUAUAUAUUUAUUUAUCUAUACUUAAUAAAUACGAUUUAUUUAUUUAUUUACUAAAACGAUUUAUUACAUUUAUUGCAGAAACAUACUGUAAAAUCUUAGGUUGGGUACAUGCUGUUUUGUUUUUAUGUGUGCUUUACUAAAAAAGUAACCGAUUACGUUACUUUUUAUGGAAAGUAAUCCGUUACGUUACUUUUGCGUCGCUUUUUAAAUACGAGCAGUACGUUUUUAAUAUUAGACGUUCUGUUUAUAGCAAAUGUAAAAGACUUUUCACACCAACAAGUGUAACGAAUAAAUCUCAGGCUGAAGGAAAAAUCUGUACAGAAGAUAAAGGUUCGAUACUUUUUAACAAUUAAAAAAACAAUGAAGCACAAUCGUGGGUUUAUCUAAUCAUUUCUGAUUAUUAGUAUGGUUAAAACUGGAUCAUCUAAGGUCA